AUGAUGAUCAUCGGAAUAUUUGUGUUGAGUUGCAUCAGUAGCAUUAGAGGAGAACGUGAAUUGACGACUCUCAGGUCAUUCACUCUGGAUUUACCUUUCUCAGAUUCUGUGGAAAUAAUCGAAGGCGAUCCUUUGUGGGAAAAAAGAAAAGGUAGUUCGGAUUCCCUGAAUCAAUACCGUAAAAGGACUUCAACUUCAUCGACUGCGAAUCCAACUCAUUCGACUAGUGAUGACCAGGAAGAGAAUAGUACAGAAUUCUCACAGACAGCUUUGCGUGAUUUUUUGGACAGCUAUGCUGAAAAGGUGAGGCUAGAUAAGAUCGAACAACAUUCUGCAGAUAAUCCAACCAUAGACCAUUUAGAGAAAAAUGAAAAAAGUUGGAAUUUACUGAAAACGAAUCAUCACAAUCAUCCUUAUGAUGAUAAUUCUGGUUGGGUUUCGCUAGACCCAGUACCUUGGUCAGUAUCUAAGAUUUCCAAAUGGCACAAUAAACCUAUGCCUGCGGACAUUUCUUGGAACGAUUAUCCAUCAACUAAGCGACCAUGGAAUGAUUUCAGUUCUCAUAUGCCAUUCCAGAAUAAAUACAAAUACAAAUCUCCUUCAGACCAAAACAAAUAUCAAGUGUAUUAUGUGAACGAAGAAGAUUUAGAUAGAGCACAGUAUUCUCGUCCAUCAAACAUUCACAGACAGCAAGUAUAUAUGCAAGUUACACCAAGUAUGCUUCACACUCCUGAUACACCAAGUACCAGCUAUCAGAAAGAUGGAAAUUAUGAACAAGUUGAAAUUUCAGGAAUAGUAACAGAUGGCCAACCAUCCAAUUUUCCUGUGAAAUAUGUGGAUACCAAUAGACGUUUCAGUUCUGAUCCGCAACCAGUUACACAUCCUUUUAUGGACGAUGGUGAGUGGGUACUUUUAUCAACAAGUAAGGGCUAUAAGUUUCCUAAGAAACAAAGAUCUCUGAAAUUGAAUCCAGGAUCAAUCGGAACCCACAAAUCAGUCCAUAUCACAGUAUUGCCCCCUUUGAAAGGUUCUAAAAUAAACAUGACAACUUCACAUGGAGGUUUGCUUCAAGUUGAAUCUACCUUCGAGACUGUUGAACAAGCGCAAAAAAAGUUACAGAAGAGGACACAUCAAAUGAAGAAACGAAAGAGACCGGGUAAGCUAGUAAAAAGGAAGAGGAAAGUAUCUGCUUCGAAUAAUGUAUUGGAAUCGACCGUUGCUACUGUACCAAGAAGUACAGGAACCACAGAAAACGACAGCAGUGCUAUAUUAGCUGGAGUAGGUGCUGGACUUAUUCCUGCAACGAUGGCAAUGUUCGUACCAAUAGCGAUGAAUCGAGGAAAAAAAAGGAGACGAAGAGACACUUUGACCAUACCUUCAGUUCAUAUUUGA